UGAAUUUAAACAAAUUUCAAUGGUGUGGUGUGUUACUUUUUAAAAUCUUCUACAUUUCUGAUAAAUUAUGAUAACAGGUUUUCUUAAAAUCUCACUCUGUACGUCUAUAGGAGCACGUUUGGAGGACCGUCUCUAUGAACACCUAGAGUGGAUCGCCCCACCCCGACUGCAGGCUCACGAACUGCUGGUGGAGGAAAUGAUCCGGGCCGGUCUGGAGGUUGGAUCCACUACACCCUACGGAACGGCGCUGAUGAGGUGCGGAGAGACCCAGAAGCAGCUUGGAGAAACGGAGAGGAAGUUUGUGCAAAGCAGCAACAUUGAUUUCCUCACUCCACUGCGCAGCUUCACUGAGGGGGAGUACAGAACCAUACAGUCUUCGUACCAAAUGAGGAUGAACCGCUGUAAUCAGAUCCUUCAGAAAGCUGUCAGUCUCAAACAGUCUCUGUACAAGUUUAUUGGAGAUGCCAACAGACUGACGGACAAACUGCUGGAGCUCUGCAACAAACCGGUGGAUGGGAACAGCACCACCCUCAGCAUCAAGCAGCUGAAGCGUCUGGUGGAGGAGACGACCUUCAGCCAAAUCCUGAUCCCUUUACAGUCCGUUCUGAUCCCGACGCGGCCUUCCACCGGCGGGACGAACGGCAAGCACGACGCCUUCCUGGGACACUCGGCGUACCUGGACGGCUUUGAAGAUGUUGUGGAGAUUUUAGCUUCUUUACAGAAGCCUAAGUAGAUCAGUCUGAGGAGCACCGAUGGUCGAUGUUACACCUUGACGUGUAAACCCAAAGACGAUCUGAGGAAGGACUGCAGGCUCAUGGAGUUCAACUGCCUCAUCAAUAAGGUCGUGCUCAGCUGGUGUCUGGAAGGUUGCAGUCAUCCAGGCUGAAGGCUGUCUGGAGGCUGACACAUUAUAGAUACUUGAAGAGGCUGAUGCCGACAUAUUGUUGAGGCUGUUUUUCCUUCCACACCUUGAGAGCAGCAAAUGUAAAUAAAAUAAGACCGCCCCUGAAAGGUUAUAAAUAUGGAAACCCUGAACCAAGAUCUUCAGAGCGGAGAAAUGUUUCAGGUUGUUUGAACCUAACAUUUAAUUGGUCCUUCGAGCCGGAUCCCAAGACAUCCACGAGGUUCCGGCAGGUGCGGGGAAACCAGGGUGAGACUGUGGCCACAGCAGGUUCACUAGGAACCUCAUCCCACCUUUGGGGAUUCCAGGUUUCAGCGCACCGGUCGGGAUCCAUGGGUUGACGGGGAGCCGAAGAAGAAAGACAACAGAGGGUGAGUCUGUCUUUGGUUAAAAAGAGAAGUAUGACUGAGGUUCAUAGAAUGUAAAACCCUGUAAAUCCUAGGCUCUAACAGGUGCUGAGGGACGGCGAAGUCCAAAGGGGACGGCAGAGUCCAACAAAUUCCGCAAAAAGAGACGACAAAGUGUAGUACAUCAGGUCGGCGGAGACCAACAAAUUCUGCAAGCAAAAGUAAAAAAAAAAACAAAAAAAAGUGAGUGAGUGAGUGUGAGUGUGGUUGGAGUUUAGAAUACCACUUGGUAUUUUAAACUCAUACAAAGCGGUGGAAACAAAUAGCAGACUGGUGUGGAUGCAGUAGCCAAGAAUUCUCCACUCGAAAGAGUUGAAGUGAGAAUUACCACAUCAGGUUGAGCUGCUAUCCCACUGGAUGAAUCCCAGCCUAUAGAACACCCCAGGUGUUGACAGGACUGGACUAAAUUUUCUAAAAUACCGGUAUUCAAAUAAAUACAUAAAUAAAUAGUAUAAAUAAAAAUGAAUUAUAUAAAU